ACCCCUCCUUUGUCGGUUUCCCCCCUCCUGUUUCCCACAAUGCUCAGCGAGCAUCACCACCAAGAUGGCCGAGGCUAUGGAGGAGUAUGAGAAAGAGGCCGGCUGCGUCCCGAUCCUCCACCCCGAGGAAAUCAAACCCCAGACUCACUACAACCACGGCUUCAGUGAGAAUGUCAGCCGUAAGAACCAUGUGGACGAUUACAGUACCUGGGACAUCGUCAAAGCCACACAGUACGGGAUCUUCGAGCGCUGCCGGGAGCUGGUGGAGGCGGGCUUCGACGUUCGGCAGCCAGACAAAGAAAACGUCACGCUCCUCCACUGGGCUGCCAUUAACAACAGAAUAGACCUAGUCAAAUACUAUAUCUCAAAGGGAGCCAUUGUCGACCAGCUAGGAGGAGACCUCAACUCCACACCUCUGCACUGGGCCACCAGACAAGGCCAUCUCUCCAUGGUUGUGCAGCUCAUGAAAUAUGGCGCAGACCCGUCGCUGAUCGAUGGUGAGGGAUGCAGCUGCAUCCAUUUGGCAGCUCAGUUUGGCCACACCUCAAUUGUGGCUUACCUUAUUGCCAAGGGGCAGGAUGUGGAUAUGAUGGAUCAGAACGGCAUGACUCCUCUGAUGUGGGCGGCCUACAGAACACACAGUGUGGAUCCCACACGUCUGCUCCUGACCUUCAACGUCUCUGUCAACCUGGGGGACAAAUAUCACAAGAACACAGCGCUGCACUGGGCCGUGCUGGCCGGCAACACCACCGUCAUCAGCCUGCUGCUGGACGCCAAUGCUAACGUUGAUGCACAGAACAUUAAAGGCGAAACACCACUGGACCUUGCUAAGCAAAGGAAGAAUGUGUGGAUGAUCAACCACCUACAGGAGGCACGGCAGGCCAAAGGCUACGACAGUCCGUCCUAUCUUAAGAGACUGAAGAUGGAUAAGAUAUGGCAGGAGUUCAGACAGAAAGUGAUGCUGGGAACACCGUUUGUGGUCGUGUGGCUGGUGGGCUUCAUCGCUGACCUGGACAUCGACUCGUGGCUCAUCAAGAGCGUCAUGUACGCCGGCGUCUGGGUGGCCGUGCAGUUCCUCUCCAAGGCUUUUUUCGAUCACUCCAUGCACAGUGCUCUCCCUCUGGGAAUCUACCUGGCAACAAAGUUCUGGAUGUACGCCACUUGGUUCUACUGGUUCUGGAAUGAUCUGCCCUUCGCCACGGUCCACGUUCCCUUCCUCAUCAACUCCCUGGUUUUGUUCUACAACUUUGGAAAAUCCUGGAAGUCAGAUCCAGGAAUUAUCAAAGCAUCAGAGGAGCAAAAGAAAAAGACGAUAGUGGAGCUUGCAGAGACGGGCAGCCUGGAUUUGAGCAUAUUCUGCAGCACCUGCUUGAUACGGAAACCUGUCCGCUCCAAACACUGCGCUGUCUGCAACCGCUGCAUCGCCAAGUUCGACCACCACUGCCCCUGGGUGGGGAACUGUGUGGGAAGCGGGAAUCACCGCUACUUCAUGGCUUACCUGUUCUUCCUGCUCUGCAUGAUCUGCUGGAUGAUAUACGGCUGCAUCUCGUACUGGAGGGUUCACUGUGCCACCACCUACGCCAAGGAUGGAUUUUGGCUGUACCUGACGCAGAUCGCCUCCUGCUCGCCCUGGAUCUUCUGGAUGUUCCUCAACAGCAUCUUCCACUUCAUGUGGGUGGCAGUUCUCAUCAUGUGCCAACUCUACCAGAUUGCCGCAUUGGGAAUCACCACCAAUGAGAGGAUGAACGCGCGCAGAUACAAGCACUUUAAGGUCACGGCUACAUCCAUCGAGAGCCCCUUCAAUCAUGGCUGCUUCAGAAACCUCGUUGACUUCUUUGAGAUCCGUUGCUGCGGCCUGAUCCGACCCGUGACGGUGGACUGGACCACGCAGUACACAAUAGAGUACGACCAGACGUCCGGCUCAGGCUACCAGCUAGUGUAGAGGAGGCUGUGGAGAGCGUCUGGAUGUGGGAAAGGAGCUCCCCGUUCAGAUCUGAGCCAUCUCUGGAGCGCUUGCUUCUUUUUUUGCGUUUGUUCUUGGUGAAACCAUCUUGCCUUCACCGAUCAAAAAGAAACCCACCAGGACGAGCAUGCAGUAACGGGGGCAACACCACCUCGCCCAUUCUGUUCACCUUCAUCUCUCAAGCUAUUACUAAUACUGUUACUCAGACCCACCCGACUCCUCUCCUCAGAGCUUUUGGACGGUUUGUUGCUGCCAAACAUCAAAGGAGAGGAGAUCGGGAGAGGGGGCAGUCCUGUGUGUGACAGGAGUGGGACAGCCCCCACCCUCCCCACCUCAACGUAACAUUUCUGCUGUUGUGCAUACCUGACGGGUCCGGGAGGUCUCGGCGAUGAGCAGGGCGAGGCACAGAAGUGUGACGGAAGGAGAGAAUGUCUUUGUAAAGGAUUUUGCACCAUGAAGACGGGGAACUGUCAGAGGACAGCGUUGGAGGCGGAGCCUCUGGAGUUGCGCUGCGCCUCACCUGCAGAGCUUUUUCUGUGGAUCCUUCAGCAGGAACAGCUGUAAACACGACGCCGCGGCCAACAGACAAUGUGAUGCAGUUUAUUUAUUUGAAAGCUAUUUAUAGAUAAAGUAAUUAAACGGUCCAUCUCUUUUUACAUGUGGUUUUAGCUGAGUAGGAUUUUAUGCACAGGACUGGCUGCCUGAGAGGGCGGGGGGCGGGGACAGCGGGGGUAUUUAUUCCGAGCAGCAGGAGGAUGUUCAGUAGAGCCUCAUUCCAUGUCUGCUCUCUGCAGAAGCUGUAAAGUCUUAUUUUUGUUUGGUGUCUGACGUUGCACUGAUGGUUUUAGUCAGAAAGGAGGGAGGAAGAGGAGACUGUAUAUACAUAUACUCUCUAAGGGGGUUGGGUUUUCUUUCAUCAGUGUUAGUCCAAAGUGUUUUUAUUCUGAAGGAAACAGGAAAGAAUUGGAGUGACUUUUGUCUGUAUGUUUGUAGCUUUUAGUGAUGUUCCACCCUGCUGUCCAUUGGCAUUUUAAUACCCCCUCCCCCCCAUGUACCUGACAUUUCUUCCCGCCAACAAACUCCACUGCAUGUAUGAUGCUUGGGACCUCUGGUCGCCAUGGCAAUGGCUAGCCAUCUGUCUGUAUAUAGUGAAUGUUAUGUAUUUCCGAGGACUUUGGGGGUUUUUGAUCGCCUGGUUGUGUUUGUGUUUUUAUGGAAGUGGUCCUUCCGGUUGCCAGUUUUAAUGUCUUACAUCCCAGUGUGUCCACAUAUUUAAAUGUUGUUUUUUUCCCCCCUCAUUUCUGGGUCAAACGCAGAAGGCUUUGCUUUACCACUGGAUGUAAAAACUGUAAAGCAGCAUACUUCAGAACUGCAGUUUUUUGUUGUUUUUCUGUCUAGGUGGAAAUGUGCUGAUGCAAAAGAUUUAGGGACAGGAGGUUCAAUCACCUGGGCAGCGCAGCAGCUGUGGGUUCUCUCAAACUGGUGACGACUGUUUCAUAUCAGCUUUCUUACAGAGAACUCCAGGUCGGACGCACUGGUUCUUCCAGCGGUUUGAGCCCCCUCUGACCCCCCGUGUGAGAAAGAAAAGGAAAGCACUUAAUCAUGUCCAGUGCCUCCCUGCCCACCUCCACACGCCACUGUAACUCCACUUCAGAUGUAAACAUAUGGGCAUGGUUCAGUUUUAAUAAUAAAGAAUCAAAUAGUCAAAUGGAA